UAAUUAAGUUAUAUGGAAUAUCACGGACAAUGGCGCCCUUUUCUUCUUCUCUUUCUCUCUUUCUCUGAUGUUAGGGUUUUAAAGUGAAAAGAAGGGUUUUGUAUCCUCGUCCCUUUUUUUUUUCUGUUCCGAAUUUCAAUUGUGCAUCCGAAUUUUGUCGCAGUGAUUUCCCAUCCCUGUAAAUUUGGGGAUUUUUUUUCAAAAUUUCAAAUUAGGGCUUUCGAAUAGUGAACGAUAAUCUCCCUUCAAUGGCGUUCUCAUUCGCACCUCAGCAGCAACAGCAAUCGCCGUUCCAGUCUACAUUCCAACAACCUUCUCCCUUUCAACAGCAACAGCAACAGCAAAAUCAGCAACAACAACAAUUCCAAUUACAACUCCAACAGCCACAGCAGCAGCAGCAGCAGCAAACGCAGCCGCAGCAAACGCAGCCGCAGCUUUAUCUUUUUACAAAUGAUAAAGUUCCCGCCACUUAUAGCACCAAAUGGGCCGACCUUCAUCCUGAUUCGCAAAAAGUCCUACUUCAAAUUGAGGAUAAAAUAUUGGAGUACAGAGAUGAGAGCCAGCGUCUUGACCAGUGUGACAGGCUUUACGACUCAUCGGUAUCUAAUAACGGAUUUGAGCUAGAUGCCAGCUAUAUUGUUCAGGAACUCGGUGGAAUUAGUAUAUCUAUGGAAAGACAAAAGGCAACCUUGCAAGAGUUAAUGACUGUUGUGAAAGAAAUGCUACGAAACACCGAGGUGGCUGUUCGAUCUUUUAUGAUGCUUAGGCCCAGGUUUGUUCACGAGAAUAAAUCUGCUGCAGGUGGUGCCGCUGCACCACCCCAACCUUUAGGUGCAACUACCACUCAAACAUCAAGUGGUCAACCUGCAGCAAACUCUAUGGUUCCAGUUCUUGAUUUCUACAGCGGACUACCAAAGAAGCCAUCUCCAUUUAUGCAACAAACUGUUGCCCGAUUUGAGAAGUAUCUCUCGGAGUGUCGUCAAUGGAUUGAUGAGUUGGAGCAGUUGCUGCUAUUAGACUCUGAAAAGAACUCUUUCAAUUCAAGUUCUUCCUUGUUGCAAUCUCUGCCUAAAGUCAUGGCAAAUGUUAAUGACUUCUUUGUGCAUGUUGCGUCUAAGGUGGAAAGCAUUCAUCAAUACAUUGAAUCCAUGAAGACAGCAUAUCUUGCCGAUCAAAGGCGUAGAGGAGAUGGGAACAAUCCAUUUCUCGAGGCUGACCGGAGAGAAACAGCCAAGCAAGAGGCCGCUGCUCGAAGGAUUCACCCAACUUUAUACUUGCCCGCAUCUUCGCAUUCCACGGCUCAGACAGCUGGACAAUUUGCCACGUCAGCUGCUGCACCUGGAGCAUCAACGGCACCAAAUACAUCUGCCGCUGCGUCAGCUUCAAGUGGAAGUGGUUCCUCACUCUUUUCUACCCCAGCUGCUGCCACAUCAUCACUCUUUUCUACCCCAGCUGCUGCCACAUCAUCACUCUUUUCUACUCCAGCUGCUACCACAUCAUCACUUUUUUCUACUCCAGCUGCUGCUACAUCGUCAACUCCUCUUUUCUCUACCCCCACCACCGGUUCUACACAGUUCUCAUCUUUGUUAGGAUCUGCUGUUACUCCACAGUCAUCGGCUUUUGGUUCUUUAUCUGCUUCACCGUCCCCCUUUGGGAGUUCCAAUCCCUUGUUUGGUUCAACCCCUGCCUCUGGAGUCUCAAACUUCUCAACACCUUUUGCAACAGGAGCUGCAGCAGGAUCAGGAGCGAGCUUCGGGACUGCAUCAAAGGCAAGAGCCAAGAGUCGCACUGGACGGCGUUAGUCGGAGACAAGGCAUCGUCGCUGUUGCAGAUAUUCUAACAAAAUUAUAUUCUGCCCUUGUUGCAUAUCAAUUUUUGGUUUCUGCAUUUUUUAAUUUUUCUUCGAGUUUUCACUCAUUAGCUCCGGCAUUGAUCUCGUUAUGAACCCUAAAGAUGACCUCAUUGUAACACUGUAUACCAGCCUCUACGUCUAUCCAUGUUGCUGAAAAUAUUUUAGUUCCUCAAUUUUCGAGCUUUAUUUUGUUGUGACAUGCUAUUUAUUUUGUUUGUGAAUGACUAUACGAAAAAACUUUUCGUGC